UCGUCACGUCACGCGGCGCGAAGGCUCGUACAGCUGCAGAUUUCCACUGAACCAACCGCGUCCGCCUCGUUAUCUUGUACCAAGAAGCGCUGUGUUCAUUCAGCGUAGCUUGUCUGACUCAAGCGGAGGAGAAAACCUGAACAGGAGACCGAGAGGAAUGUUCUGAAGCUUCUGUCAUCGGUUCUGGAGCUGAAGAGGCUGAACAGACGGUCUGUCUGUGAGAAGGAAGAAGAAGGAAUGAACCUCCGCAACGAUUAUUAGCUAGUUACUUUCACCACUUCGACGCGUUCGCCUCUCACAUGUUCAACGUUUGCAUCCGAGAAAGAGAGAUGGAAAGUCCUCUGACAGUGUUUCUUCUUACUUAACAAGGAAAGAUCCGGCUGUUUUCACACAGUGGACCACACAGCCUUCGCCCUGUCCCUUUUUCUGGGAUCAGGGUAAGGGCAAUCCAAAAAUGCUCCAUAACAAUACCUGUGAGAACAUCACCCACAUCGUUGUGGACAAGAACCCGGGGAACCUGGUAGUGAGUGCUAUUAUGUUCCUGGCUGGUGUGGUGGGCAACCUACUGGCACUAGCCAUCCUUGGCUUUCGCCAGAAAGAACGUCGAGCUAAAUCUUCUGUCUUCUGCAUCCUGGUGACGGGGCUGGCUCUGACGGACCUGGCCGGUACGUGCUUGCUCAGCCCACCUGUAUUUGUCUGCUAUGCCCACAGCACCUCUCUGGUGGGGCUGACUGGAGAUAUGCGGCUGUGCAGACUCUUUGCCUUCGCCAUGACCUUCUUCGGCCUGGCCUCCAUGCUAAUACUUUGCGCCAUGGCGGUGGAACGCUGCCUGGCCAUCAGCCACCCGUACUUCUAUUCCAAGCACGUGCGUCGCAGCUUUGCAAAGGCUGUGCUCUUCCUCAUCUACCUCUUCACAUGUGCCUUCUGCCUGCUGCCCUUCUUCGGCUUUGGACGCCACAAGCAGUACUGCCCCGGCACAUGGUGCUUCAUCAAGAUGGAGGCCGAGGGCGAAGGCAAGGAGGAGGAAAUGCGGACACUAUCCUUCUCUCUGUCCUACGCCGUGCUCAUGGCUCUGCUCAUCGCGGUGGUCUUCAUGUGCAAUGGCUCGGUCAUCGUCAGCCUGUGCCGCAUGCACCGCAGCCAGAUGACCCGUCGUGGCUCGGUGGUCUCGGCUGGACGGAAGAGAAGGAUGAGCUCCUGGUUCGGUCAGGGCGAGGAGGAGAUGGACCACCUGGUGCUGCUGGCCUGCAUGACCAUCAUCUUUGUUAUCUGUUCACUGCCGCUCACUAUAUUUGGGUUUGUCAAUGCUGUCAGCCCAGUAGGCAAUGACCAGCAGAAUCUUCUAGCAUUCCGAUUCUCCGCCCUCAACCCCGUGGUGGACCCCUGGGUCUUCAUCAUCUUCCGCAAGUCUGUCUUCCAGAAUGUCCGUGCAUUCUUCCGCUGCCGCUUCAGUAGGGCAGCGGUGAAGGCCACACCCCACAGCGGUUUAUCAUUUCCCCUGCAGAGCGGAGGACCUGCGAACUCUGCUGCUCUCCAGAGCAAGACUUACUCCAACAUCCCUCACUGAAGCACUGAAGUGGAGCUAUGAACGAUGCUGGACUGUGGAGACUUAAUUAGUGAAAAAGUAUUGUAAUGCACUAAGACCUACAAAAUAGGAAGCUGAGGAACAUGGACAUCCAGGAGCUACUUUGAAGGGGAUAUGAAAGAUGUUGUAUAGUACCCCAGAAAGGACGCUUUCUCCCAAAGCUACUGAAAGAGAUAAUAUGUGUAAAUACAGGACUGAGGCUUCUGAAGGCCUAUGUGUACACACCUCAGCAUGUGAAGCACAAACCGUGCUGAGUCCCAUUAUUGACUGCACUGAAUGCACUGAAUUUACUUGAUUCAAAUGUGAACAUCAUGUACUUCAUGAAUAAGUUACAUGUUACACGAACAAAUAAUUGCCAAAAGUAAACUGAAUGACAAAACUGUGUUGAUAAUAUUUAUUUUAUUCAUGUGGAAAGUAUGUACAGUGAA